GGGGGCCCCCCCCCCCCCCGCCGUCGCCAUCCCGAGGCGUCCGUCGGUCCGUCAGUCCGUGCGUCCGGCGGGGAAGGGCGACCGGGGCCGGGCCGCCCUCCGCGGGCUCGGGAGCCGCCACUGCAGCUUUUGCUGGAUCUCAACAAUUUGCCAAGGGCGGUGUGUGGCCAGUCAUUUAACGUGCAGAAGAGUGCUUACGUGAGCCGGUACCAGAGGCAACACAGCAAAGAAGACCGGAUGCAGAUCUGAGGAAUUAACUUGCUAAGACUUUGAGCUGAAGUCUUGGCGAUUGAGGCGCUCAAGUUUGUAUCCGUAGACUCUCAGCACUGUUUGCAGUGGCUUUUUGUAGGAACAGCUUGACUGUAGGAUGCCGGCUACUUAAGCUCACUCUUGGACAGGAUGGAAGAGCAGGGACUGCGAUGCCCAGGCUCUGCCUCUGAGAAACGCUACUUCCCCGAGUCCCUGGAUUCCAGUGAUGGGGAUGAGGAGGGGGUUUUGGCUUGUGAGGAUUUGGAACUUAACCCUUUUGAUGGACUGCCAUAUUCGUCGCGUUAUUACAAACUUCUAAAAGAGAGGGAAGAUCUUCCAAUAUGGAAAGAGAAAUACUCCUUUAUGGAGAAUCUGCUUCAGAAUCAAAUUGUGAUCGUUUCAGGAGAUGCCAGAUGUGGCAAGAGCUCUCAGAUGAUGAAACUGGCCCAGAGGGAUUUGAUAAUCUGUGUAAUGUCACACAACUUCCUAAGCUGCAAUUCCAAGAAUACUUUCUACUGUACAUUACCACGUUCAGGUUAUUUGUUACCUCUGAGGCUUACUUGUUCUAACUUGAAGAGAGGAAGGAUGGACAAUAGGUGGUUUUUCUUAGAGCUGCCGGUGUGGAGCGUUUGCUCUGAAUUGUUAUUUGUUACAGUUCCUCAGUGGUGCGCCGAGUACUGCCUCUCCAUCCACUACCAGCACGGGGGUGUGGUGUGCACACAGGUCCACAAGCCCACGGCGGUGCAGCUCGCCCUCCGCGUGGCAGACGAGAUGGAUGUGAACAUUGGCCAUGAAGUUGGCUACGUGAUCCCCUUUGAAAACUGCUGCACCAGCGAAACCAUCCUGAGGUAUUGUACGGAUGACAUGUUACAGAGAGAGAUGAUGUCCAGCCCUUUUUUGGGCAGCUACGGGGUCAUCAUCUUGGACGACGUCCAUGAAAGAAGCAUCGCCACUGACGUGUUACUCGGACUUCUGAAGGAUGUUUUACUGGCGCGCCCGGAACUGAAGCUCAUAAUUAACUCCUCGCCACACUUGAUCAGCAAACUCAGCUCUUACUACGGAAAUGUGCCUCUCGUCGAAGUGAGGAAGCAGCACCCUGUGGAGGUUGUGUACCUGAGCGGGGCUCAGAAGGAGUCUUUUGAGUCUAUUUUACGCCUUAUCUUUGAAAUUCACCAGUCCGGUGAGAAGGGGGACAUUGUAGUCUUUCUGGCCUGUGAACACGAUAUUGAGAAAGCCUAUGAAAUCGUCUGUCAGGAAGGAUCCAACUUAAACCCAGAUCUUGGAGAGCUGGUGGUCAUUCCUUUGUAUCCAAAAGAGAAAUGUGCAUUGUUCAAGCCAAAUGAUGAAACAGAAAAAAGAUGCCAAGUUUAUCAGAGGAGAGUGGUGUUAACUGCUAGCUCUGGAGAGUCUUUGAUCUGGAGCAACACAGUCAAAUUUGUUAUUGAUGUGGGUGUGGAAAGGAGAAAGGUGUACAACCCUAGAAUAAGAGCAGACUCACUCAUCACACAGCCCAUCAGCCAAAGCCAAGCGGAGAUACGCAAGCAGAUUCUCGGUUCGUCGUCUUCAGGAAAACUCUUCUGUCUGUACUCUGAGGAAUUUGCUUCCAAAGACAUGCGGCCACUGAAGCCAGUGGAAAUGCAGGAAGCCAACCUCACCAGCAUGGUGCUCUUCCUGAAGAGGAUAGACAUCGCGGGCUUAGGCCACUGCGACUUCAUGAAUAGACCAGCCCCGGAAAGUCUGAUGCAGGCUCUGGAAGACUUGGAUUACCUGGCCGCACUGGACAAUGAUGGGAAUCUCUCGGAGUUUGGGAUCAUCAUGUCGGAGUUUCCUCUUGACCCACAGCUCUCAAAGUCUAUCCUCGCAUCCUGUGAAUUUGACUGUGUGGAGGAGAUGCUGACAAUCGCGGCCAUGGUGACAGCUCCCAACUGCUUCUCGAAUCUGCCACAUGGAGCUGAGGAGGCUGCCUUGACUUGUUGGAAGACGUUUUUACAUCCCGAAGGAGAUCACUUCACCCUCAUCAACAUUUACAAGGCCUACCAAGACAUAGCUCUGAACUCUGCCAGUGAAAACUGUGUUGAAAAGUGGUGUCAUGAUUACUUCCUCAACUGCUGUGCUCUCAGGAUGGCAGACAUUAUCCGAGCUGAACUCUUAGAAAUUGUCAAGCGAAUUGAGCUCCCCUGUGCAGAACCUGCUUUUGGCUCAAAGGAAAACGCUCUGAACAUAAAGAAGGCUCUCCUGUCCGGUUACUUCAUGCAGAUUGCACGGGAUGUGGACGGGUCCGGUAACUACUUAAUGCUAACACAUAAGCAAGUUGCUCAGCUGCAUCCCCUGUCCGGUUACUCCAUCACCAAGAAAAUGCCCGAGUGGGUUCUCUUCCACAAGUUCAGCAUAUCUGAGAACAACUACAUCAGGAUUACCUCAGAAAUCUCUCCUGAACUAUUUAUGCAGCUGGUGCCACCAUACUAUUUCAGUAACCUGCCUCCUAGCGAAAGUAAGGAUAUUCUCCAUCAAGUAAUGGAUCACCUUUCACCUCUAUCAACAAUGAAAAAAGAACAGAAAAUGUGUGAGAAGUGCCCUGAGACUACUGAGCAGAGAUGCACCAUCCAGUAACUCUUCAGAAUCUUUACAGAAAGCAAGAUGUGCAAUAAGUACCCCCCCAACCCCGCCGGCCUGAGCGUAGCUCUGCUGGAGGUGCAGACGUUUAACUUGAACAAGGAGAACACACCCCACACGAGAGUCUUGAAAAAAAAUAACACUUUGUAUAUUAUUUAAAAAUAAAAAAAUAGAAGUUUUUAUUGAGUUCUUU